AGUGGGCGUGCCUGAAUGUUAAAAAGGCUUUGGAGGAGGACAUCAUUAAAAAGCCGUCCCGAAUAUCCGUGGAGCGCAAUGACGCGGAUCUCCGGGGCGUUUGUGGCUGGGCGCCGUACGAUGUAGCAGACGCCGAUCCGCGGGGAAGCCCGACGUCUUCGUGUGUCCCGGAGCAAAGAGGCAGCGCUGUCCGAUGGAUCGCUGGGUUGCUCUCUCUUGCCUGCUUGUCGGGGUUUUGACGCGGACGACGGCCGCCCAGAAUGACCCACCUGAGACAGUGUCCGACUGCUGCGAGGGGGAUGUCAUCUUCCUGUUGGACUCCUCAGGCAGCGUGUCGUCCUUCGAGUACCACCACAUGCUGGAUUUCCUGUCCAAACUGCUGAGCCCCUUCUUGCUGGGGCCUGAGCAGGUGCGGGUGGCCCUGGUGCAGGUGGGCUCCAGCCCCCGCGUGGAGUUCGGCCUGGAGGCCCACAGCGCGCAGCACAGACUGCAGGAGGCGCUACGCUCCACCAAGCAGCUAAAAGGCGACACCAACACCGUAGAGGCGCUGAGGCUGGUCCAGGACCGGCUGCUGGUGCCGAGAAAGUCCAGUGGGGCCCCCAGGGUGCUGGUGUGGCUGACGGACGGCGUGAACCCCGGCCCCGUCGAGGGCCCCAUGGAAGAGCUGCGAAACAGUAACGUGUCUGUGUUGGUGGUGUCCACGGGUCAUGGCGGCUACCAGCUGCUGCAGAAGGUGGUGACCCCACCCCUGGAGACACACCUGCAUGUUGUGGAUGUGGAAUUCAUGGAGCUGAUCACCCAGGAUUUCAGGAACGCCAUCAUCGGUGAGCAGGAGGGGCCAGGGAACCGAUGUGCUCUGUUGAACUGUGGUGUUUUCUCACUUCUGUGCUUCCUCUCGCAUUGUCUUUCAGAGGUGCUAAGUCCAACUGUUGUCAUGGUUUCCGAGCGUGGGACCCGGGGCGUGAGGUUACAAUGGGGGCCACAGCAGCCUGAAUCUGUGCAGCUGUACCGAGUGGAAUACGGGGCCCUGCCCAGAGGACCGGUUCAGAUUGUUACACUGGAUCAUCUCCAGAACUCCACAGAACUAUCUGGGUUGCAGCCCGAUACAGAGUACCUGAUCACUGUCAGUGCACAACAUUCCUCCGGCCAGGAGAGGGCGAUGUCCAUCAAGGUCUGCACUCAGGAGGAGCUUCCUGCUUUAUCUGACCUGCAGCUGACGACGGUGGGAAGUAAAUCGGUGCAGGUGCGCUGGUCAGGGGCCGCAGAGGGGCUGCGGGGGUACUGGCUGAGCUGGGAGGGAGAGGACUACAGCUACUCCGGGCAAACCUCCUCCCUGCACCUGCCUGCCAGCUCCCUCUCUACGCUGCUCACCAACCUGGCGCCCGCCAGCCGCAUCUGUGUGUCCCCCGUGUACAGGACAGCGCGCGGGGAAGCACUCUGCUGCACUGCACAGCUGCACUCGCACGGCAACUAGGAACUCCAGGAAGGAGCCUGCUGUGGGCGGGGCCAUGAAGAAGGGAAG